AUGAAAAACCACUUAAAUAUCACUCCAAAACCUAAAAAAGACUCGCAGUUCCAAGAAACUUCUUUCUUCCCUCAUUCAGCGCCUUCAAAAAGGCAUUCUAAAAUUAUUCAAAAAUCUCUUAAAAACAAGUUAAUUGAUGAAUCCUUCAUAAAUCCACUUUACCUAAGCCAUGAUGGAUCUCCAGAAAAUUUACAUUAUCCGCCUUCAUCAAAUAUACACGACUUGAGUUUUGAUGAGCGGCUUCACUUAAAACAUUAUAGAGGGAUACAUAAAAUAGACCAUAAGCAUCUUAUCCCUCACGAAAAUUCUUUAUUAAAAAAUUUUAUUAAUAAUAAAUUGAAUAGUCCCUUUAAUAUAAAUUUAUAUAGCCAAGGAACCGAUAUUGAUCAGCCUGGGCUGGGAGAAUGCCUAGGAACUUCCCGAGUUGGUUCUCCAACCCAAGUUGACGAACCAAUUCGAAGGUUGGCAAAUAUGCCUGAUAUAAAGCAUAUGUCAACUCCCCGAGUUGGUUCGUCAACUUGUGUUGGAGAACCAACUCGGGAGGUUUCUAGGCAUUCUCUUAGCCCGGCCGAUCAAUAUCGGUUCCUGGGCUAUAUUAUCACUAGGCUAUAUUUAAUCAAAAAAAUAUAAUUUUGAUGAUACUACAAUACAUGACCAAACACCUAGUAAAAGGAUUCACUACCUAAACGAUAUAUGUAAGAAGCUUAUAGAAGAGCAAAGCGAAAUAAAAAAACAAAUUAGCAACCAAAAGCAGACAAUAGAAAAUAUAAAAAAACAAAAAAACCUCUCUGAAGCGGAUAAACACCUUUAUCCAAGAAUUUCUAGAAGCAGAUUUCCUAUGAUAAAAAAUGAAAAAACUCGGUCAAUAAGUGAAAUAUAUAAAAAUGGUGAGGCGAAACAACCCAAACUCCUAACACCUGUAGCUGGUGAGACCUAGGGACCUUGUGGAAGGGAGUUGUGCCAUUUGAUAAGUGUAUCCGGCCAGGUUUUACUUCGUUUGGUGGAGCGCAAUGUCCGGGUGGCUGACUGCAGGCUCACAUCCAGGCCAAGGUUUUACCUCGGAGGAAGAUGGAGUUCAGAAAUGGAAAGGGGUUCCUAACAAUACCAGUGAUGUUCCUCCUGGUCGAUCGGUAAUGCUCCCAAGCUCGAUACCAGGCGUUGUGUAGACCCCGAAUUUUCAUCAAGACCAGAAAAUAAUUUUUCGAAUUUCGAGAAGCCAAACCCCGUUGGUGUAUGGCACAGUGACCCAAACUUUCCAACUGUCAGGGAGCAUGUGCAGGAUCAUAUCUGGCAGGAAUAAGGCUUUUAAGGUCGUAAUAUGAUUGUCAGCGAAGCAAUUGAGAGAAGAAAUUAUUGAAGGGAAAAAGGAUCUUCUGAUCCCGACAGGUAGCUUUUCUAUAAUCUAACUAAAUGUAAGUUUAAGGUUCAAUAAGUGAAAAAAUCAUCGCCAAAUGCUGCAAAGGCGAGGGUAUUUGAAUUUAAUUCGUCAAAAAAAGAGGAUUUACUUUUCACGUUCAGAAUGAACGAGGCUGAGGAAUUAAUGAAAGAAACGUCUAAUUUUCCGAAAAAUGAAAAUUAUUCUCCUAUGAAAAUUUUGCGAUUUCCGAGGGAUAUAUUCACGAAUAAGGUGAGAAGAGUUAAGUAAAAUUAGCAUUAUUGAAAAGAUCUCGGCAGGUGAGCUCUUCUGCUUUCGUUAUCCUCAGUUAUAUUGCAAGCCUUGGCCUGGAGGGGAAAUACCGAUAUAGAGGGCAACCCGUUAGCUAAACUGUAAAUUCGAAAAUCGAGUUUUCUGGUCAAGUUGCCGGCUAAGAUGGAAUUUCGUUGCCCAGAAUGCAACUCCCUGUAUCGUGCUGAAAAAUUGCCCAAUUGUCAAGAGGCGUCUCAUGACAGUGAUAAGCCUUCCUUUUCCCAGCUCCGACACCAUUUCCCAUCAGGGAAAUACCAUGAUCUAGAUAUGAGCUUGCAGUCGGUUAAUCCAACAUUAAACUCCACCAUACCAAGCUGAUGCCCAUUUUCGAACGCAAUCCUGCUUUCCACAAGGUCUCCAGGCUUCCCAGCUGCAUAUUUUAGGAGGGCAGAUUAAUCCCCAUUUUAACUUAUAUAAUAAAGUGAGAAGAAGUCGGCAUUAA